GGGCCAACAAGCAGGAGCUCCAGUGAGGGGGGGGAAGCUGAACCCCAGUCCUACAAGGACCCCCUCCCCCAGGAAGCAUGAACAGGAAAGACAGCAAGAGGAAGUCUCAUCAGGAAUGCUCGGGGAAGACGGGAGGGCAGGGGCGGCUCCGACCAGCCCGACGCCACAAGACGUGCCCCAGCGCCCGAGAAAUCAGCAAGGUCAUGGCUUCCAUGACUCUGGGCGUGCUGAGUGAGAACAGCUGUAGCGAGGACGAGCUGCUGGAGAAAUGCAUCCAGUCCUUCGACGCAACUGGCAACCUGCGCCGUGGGGACCACAUUCUCAAUAUGGUGCUGGCCAUGCACAACUGGGUCCUGCCUUCUGUGGAGUUUGCUGCCCGUCUUCUGACUUCAUACCAGAAGGCCACGGAGGACACACAGCAGCAGAGGCAGCUGCAGAUCUGCCACCUGGUCAGGUACUGGUUGAACAAGCACCCCGAAGCUCUGCACCAGGAGCCCCAGCUAGAAGAAGUCAUAGGUCGCUUCUGGACCAAGGUGGCCCAGGAGGGGAUCUCUGCCCAAAGGAACUUGGGAGAUGCCACCCACCUCCUGAGCCCUGGUGGCCCCGGCCCACCUCCUCCCAUGAGCAGCCCAGGCCUGGGCAAAAAGCGCAAAGUGUCCUUGGUAUUCGACCACCUGGAGACGGAGGAGCUGGCUCAGCAUCUCACAUACCUAGAAUUCCGGUCCUUCCAGGCUAUCACGCCGCAGGACCUGCGGGGCUACGUUUUACAGGGCUCUGUGCGAGAAUGCCCUGCUCUGGAAGGUUCUGUAGGUCUGAGUAACAGCGUGUCCCGCUGGGUGCAGGUCAUGGUUCUGAGCCGUCCUGGGCCUGCACAGCGUGCACAGGUGCUGGAAAAGUUCAUUCUCGUGGCUCAGAGGCUCCGCCACAUGCAGAAUUUCAACACGCUGAUGGCUGUCACUGGAGGCCUGUGUCAUAGUGCCAUCUCCAGACUCAAGGACUCCCAUGCCCACCUGAGCCCUGACAGCACCAAGGCCCUGCUGGAACUGACGGAGCUUCUGGCCUCCCGCAACAACUAUGCACAUUACCGCCGCACCUGGGCCGGCUGCACGGGCUUCCGGCUGCCGGUGCUGGGUGUGCAUCUUAAGGACCUGGUGUCUCUGCAUGAGGCCCAGCCUGACAGGUUGCCAGAUGGCUGCCUGCACCUGCCCAAGCUGAACAGCCUCUACCUGAGACUGCAGGAGCUGGCGGCCCUCCAGAGACAGCAACCCCCCUGCAGUGCCAACGAGGACCUGCUGCACCUGCUCACGCUUUCUCUGGAUCUCUUCUACACAGAGGAGGAAAUCUACGAGCUUUCUUAUGCCCGGGAGCCCCGCUGUCCCAAGAGCUUGUCCCUGUCCCCUUUCAAAGCACCUCUGGUGGUAGAAUGGGCUCCUGGUGUGAAGCCCAAGCCGGACCAGAUCACCCUGGGUCGCCAUGUGGAACAGUUGGUUGAGUCUGUGUUCAAGAAUUUUGACCCCGAAGGCCAGGGCACCAUCUCUCAAGAGGACUUUGAGCGCCUCUCGGGCAACUUUCCCUUCGCCUGCCACGGGCUUCACCCUCCUCCCCGCCAGGGGAGUGGCUCCUUCAGCCGAAAGGAGCUGACAGAGUACCUGCUCCACGCCAGUGCCAUCUGUUCCAAGCUGGGCCUGGCCUUCCUGCAUACCUUCCAUGAGGUCACCUUCCGCAAGCCGGCCUUUUGUUACAGCUGCAGUGGCAUACUCUGGGGUGUCACCAAACAAGGUUACCGCUGUCAGGACUGUGGACUGUGUUGUCACAGACACUGUAGGGACCAAGUGAAGGUGGAAUGUAAGAAGAAGCCAGGGGUCAAGGGUGACACAAGUGCCCAGGAGGCCCCUACUCCACCCACACUAAUUCCUCAUGCCCGCUGUGGCUCCAGGGAAAGUCUGGGCCCUCACACUGGAUGCCGCCAUCGCCAUGCCUGGACGCAGACAGAGUCUUCACAGUCUUCCUGGGAGCCAGAAAUGGACCCCUUACCAGCACGAGUUCCCUCAUCCACGUCACCCUCCACACCAGACUCCUAGACAUCAGCUGGAGCUCUUCUCACCACCACUCCCUCCCACAGAGGCAUUGCCCCACCAACACAGCCAUCAUCCCUUACCCAGAGUUCUUUCCUUCUUCCCUGUCUCACUGGUUUUCCCUGCACGGAAUCUGUGCAUUUCUUUAUUAGAGGCACUCAUCCAUCUCUCUAAUGUCCACUUUGCAGACAGAGAGACUGAGGCUUGGUGCAUUCAAGCUGCCAGUUCCCAGUGUGGGAGACAAAACUCAAUCAAUCCCUGCUUCUUUGAAAUUGGAGCUCUGGACCCUUGCGCCACACGGACAGUUGGCAUCUAUCAGGAAGGACCAGGAUGAGGGAUGUGCAACCUGUGAGGUUGAACAUGGGAGAGAUCUGGAAAGGUCAUAGGUCUGUCCUGCUCAGAGGCCACCUGUAGCUCCUUUCAGGUUCAAAGCUAGUCCUCACAGUGUCCCAGAGAGCCACAUGAAAUCUGCCUCCACCCCAUCUCUCUGGCCUCAUCUCUCGUGUCUUACCCAUCCUGCUGUGGCUAAACUGACCUUGCUGUUCUUCGGAUAAGCUCCAAAUUGCCUACCUCAGGACCUUUGCACUGGCUCUUCCCUCUUCCUGGAACAUUCUUCCCAGAACCCUCAGAUAGCUC